AUGUUUGUAUCCAGGCACAUGCGACCAAGGGCUAUUAUAGCCGUAGUAAUGUUCGUACUGAGUUUGUUGUAUAUUUUACUAAUACUACCAAAUUGGAGCAGCCUGCAAGAUAUAGCACCAUCAACUAUAGACUUUACCAACGACACUUCCGACCUUUCAAAUUCAGUCAUUAAUGCUCCACUCGAGCAAGGAGGCCAAUCUCCUCCAAACAUCAAUCAAGUAGAAGGCGAUAAUGUUCCGCCUGAAGAGCCGAUUCCAAGUGACACUCCAAGUGACACUCCACUCGAAUCUUCCCCUGACCUCCAAAACGGAGACGGAGGCGCAGGCGCCGAUGCUCCAAACAAUGAUGUUCUGUUAAACCCACCAGAACCAGAACCUCCUACUAAUGACAUUGGUGAUCCUGCAUACGAAGAAAAUCCGUUAGUCGCUCCCAAUAGAGAGCAUCAGUUUGUCAGUCCGACAAAGACACAUGAUUCGGAAUUGUAUCUCGCUUACAACCCUCAUAGCGGAUUCCAUAAUCAGCGUAUCGCCUUGCAGAAUGCCAUUUUUCUUUCUUGGUAUCUCAAUCGUACUCUUCUGCUACCUCCAAUAAUACUCGUAUCAAAGAUCGGGUGGUCCCCAUAUGACAAAUUGCGACGUUUUUUGGCUCUAUUGGGUCCAGCCGACAGACAUGUAGAGGAUUGUGAUGUAUUCAAGAAGGAGUCGAAGCGCUUAAAAUGUAUUCGUGAUCACGAGAAGAAAACAUUGCUGGAUUGGGAUUACUUGAUUGAUUUAUCGUGGGUCAAGAAAAAUGUAAGAUUGAUGAAACGGCAAGACUUUAUAUGGAAGAAUUUGAUGAAAUCCCUAAACAUAAAAAACGAAGACAAAGAAGUACAUUUAAUCCCAGACACAAACCGUUACCAAGUCAAGUACUAUGAUUCAUCAAAAUCUAGAAUACCUCUCGGCAACUAUGUAGACAAGAUAAACCUUUCUGAUCUUGCUACACGUACCGAGAAACUGAUUCAAGUAAAUUCCAUGUUUGGUAGUGGAAGAAUUGCUUUAGACGAAAGUGAGAAUAUAAGUUUCUAUAAUACUGAGAUGAAGUCUUUGGUUAUCAAUAAUCCAAAGGUCAUAGGGGUUGUAAACAAAAUUGUGAACAAACUCGGGGGAGUAGGGACAUAUAUUGGAUUGCAUAUCAGAACAGGAGAUUCAUCGUUUAAAGCACGGAAAGCUAUUACUGUGGAAAAUAUGAGAAAAUUCAUCACAGCCAACUGGGAGUUCUUCAAUUACGAAAUUAAAAAAAGGAAGAGUGCGGAGGAAGCCAAAGGGAACAAUAACGCAACUGAUACAGAGAAUGGCGACGGUGAUCAUAAAUCCAUAUGUUCCACCAAAUCUGAUUCUUCCUUUGCAAAGAUUCCGAUAUAUGCUGCAACCGACCUCGAACCAGACUCGCCAGAGUUGGCUUCUCUCCGGAAGGCCUUUCCCUGUUUAUUUAUAUUAUCCGAUUUCAACAAUUAUUUAACCGGUUUUGAAAUUGUUAACCCAACAGAUGGUGUAAAUAUACGUAAAUAUCUUUUCCCUUUUAUCGACCUGGUUGUUGCUUCAAAAGGGGGAGUAUUCAUAGGGACGAAGGGGAGCACGUUCAGUGGAUAUUCAUUACAGAUGUUUAAAAGUUUCGGUGGUAAAUUUGGAACGAGGAUAUAG